AUGGCUAAAUUUAAUCCGCACUUCUCAAAAUUUCUUGAUCAAUUACCCCCAUCCAUAAAAAACGAUAUAUGGAAACGCCUUACAACCCGAUUGCAUAACCCCUUAACCGAAGAACAGGCAUGUGGCAUCCAUCCCGAUGUAGAGGCAUUAUUAAUUCGGGAAGUUGAUAGCUAUGCAAAGAAAAAAGGCCGUCAACGUUUGAAGGUAUUGACUAAUGCCACCCCAGAGGACUCUACGGCACUUUCUCAAUUAGAUGAAUUAAAAAAACGGCUUCCUAUCCGUGAGGCUCAAUUGGACCAAAAGGAGCAAGAUAUCGAAAAUGUUAUAUCCACACGGCUAAAUGAUGAGUAUAAUCGGCUCAGGGCUGAAUAUGAUACAACAGUAUAUGCAUUAAAACAAAAAUUAGAGGAAAAAUAUCAAACCCAAUUAACCGCAAUGGAAAAGGCUUUGAUAGAUAAGGAUCAGGUCCAUGAACAGGUUUUACAUAGUAAAAAAUCGAAAAUAGCUGAUUUGUCCGCUUUGCUAAAGGAUACCAAGAAGUCUCUUAAUGCCCUAAAAAAAGAGCACACUUCGACCCUAUCAGCUUUACAAAAAUUAGAGGCUAAAAAUCGGGAAUUGCUUGAGGUCAUAAACGCUAAGGACCAAAAAAUAAUCAAUCUCAAUGACCGCAUUAUAUCCUAUAAUCCUCGGGGGAGUGGUGAUGGGGCAGUCGAGCCCGAAUCUUAUUAUUCCACUAUAGAUAGAGAUUUAUGGACGAAGUGGCGUAAUGAUGCUAAAUAUGACCUUGAAAUUCGGAAGAAAUUUGCAUUCAGAUUUAGGCCAUAG